ACUCCUACUGUCAUCCGCCUGUCAAAGUGAAGCUUUCGCCGCCGUUGGACGUGUUUCCCGAAAUCUGUUUUUAAUUUUCAUCCACAUCCUGCCUUUGACAAUAUGAUUAAAUCUAUCACAGACUUCAUAAACUACUGGUACUUCCGCUACCUUAUGGUGACGGAACUGUACAUGGUCGAGAAAUGGGAACGAGUGACGAUCCAUGUAAUUUUCCUGGUGAUCUUCUUACUCUUCUGGUACUUUAACUACUCAGUAUUAUUAUCGUUCACCGGCCGAAUCCUGGGAAUUACCCCCAUUUCGAGUGUUCUCCAUGCGGCGACCACUUCAAAAUUCUCGGCGGCAGCAUAGUGGCAGCUCCCAUUCCUUUCAAUUCCUUUUGGAUAAUUCUUAGGAUUUAAGUUCUACGUAUAUUUUCUGUCAGCUUUAGUCUCAUAUAAGGAGUUUAGUGCUACAAACUGUACAUAGGAUGUUACACGAAUUUCUGCGGAACACGGAAUGAAUGGGAGUGCGGCGGGGCGAAGAGAGUUGCAUGAAUCAUCCGCGAAAUGGUCGCGAUAAAGUGGCGAUUUUUGUGCACUUUGUAAUUAGAGAAGCUAUAAAAUACAUGUUUCAAUUAAC